AUGCUCCGCUCGGGCGUCUCCAUCCCGUCGCUCGCUGCCUGCGUCGAGGAGCUCGUUCUGAAUAGCAUCGAUGCAGGCGCGACGGCGGUCGAUGUGCAUGUCGAUCUGCAGCUGUGCCGACUGCGCGUGCUGGACAACGGCGCCGGCAUUGCGCUUCGUGAUCUGGCUCGCGUUGGAGAGCGACACGCCACAAGCAAGUUUGCUGCUGGUUCUGUCUCCAGUGCUGCUGGCGGCGUGGUGGCGAUCGAGGACGACGCUGAUCUCAUGCAGACGCUGUCGUAUUAUGGGUUUCGUGGCGAGGCGCUCGCGUCCGUGGCAGACAUGUCCACCCUGGUCGAGAUUGUCACUCGCGUUGACAAUGACAAUGCCGGGCAAUCAAGCGAAACGUACUUCAAGUUAUUGCGUCCGACUCCGAGUGAGAAUCGCAAUCCGGCGACACAACGCUCCUCCGAGCAUGAGAAACCGCUGCCGCAAUAUCACGUCGGCGUUUCGGCUGUCAAACGAGUCACUGCAGGCACGAUUGUCACAGUUCACGGCCUCUUUGCCACGAUGCCUGUGCGGCAGGGAGUCAUGCUCGCCAACCCCGUCCUGACGCUGGAGCAUGCUCGCCGAGCAGUCGAAGCGAUCGCGCUUGCCAAUCCAGGCGUUGCUCUCAGCGUUCACGACGAUCACAAUGCCCGACGGGUGCUCACGACUCGGCGACUGACCUCUGCGCUCAGCGUCUUCAAGCUCUUGUUUGGCGUGGAGCGCGUUGGUGUCACCGAGAAUGUCGACAUGAGCUUGUCGUGCGAGUUUUCCAAUCUGACAACUCGAUCCGCCCUCAAUCAACCCCAAGCCGCCGUGUCAGAGACGUUAGCAGCAGCAGCUCCAGAAUCAUCCAUUUUGGUGCGUUCGGUCACUGUUGUGGACUACUCCCUGCGGGGUUUUCUGUGCACCGAGCCGCAACCAGGCGCCAAGUCAAUGCAGUUCUUUUUCAUCAACCGUCGCCGCGUCCUUCAUACCCGCUUUCACAAGCUUGUGAACCAGCUCAUGCGACAAUGGCAGGGCACUCGCGGCCCGCGAUUUGUCAGCCAAACCUUGCCGGUUGGGCGCGACAUGCACGCGAGCAACAAUUCCCGGUCCUUUGACAAGGCUUCGUGCGCCUGGGUACUGAACAUGACCUGUCCUCCCGGGCUGUACGACAUUACGUUUGAUCCGGCCAAGACCCUGGUUGAAUUUGCCGAUUGGGAGACACCUCUGGCCCUUGUCGAGCAAGCCAUCCGCACUGCCCUCCAGUUCCAUCCCUCCACGGUGGCUGUCGCAACUGAUUUGCUUGCGGCCACGCUCUCGGAGCCGCCGACGUUUGCGUCCUUUCAGCCAGGUGGGCUGGUGAGUUCUGAGGUGGUGCGACGUGCACGAGCCCGGGAGUCGGCGAAUUCUGCUGUCGAGGUCGACGAAUGUGAUGCCGUUCCAAAACGCCCGAGACUUGCAACCGAGGACUCGGCUGCCGAUGAGAGUCAGUCCCGGUCGCGCUAUUUUCAGACACGCACUGCUCCUCAAGUAGAUCGCCCGGUACCCUCCUCCACGCUGCAGGACGACGAUGACGAAGACGACAGCGACAUUAUUGCAGAAGUGACCGCUUUGACCGGUGUCGACAGACAUCCUCCUGUGCGAGCGCCGACCUUGUACUCUUCUGGCUCACUGUUGGCGGCAGCAACGUCUGUGGAUUGGAACGAAGCCGAACUCAACCAAAUCCGAGACUUUGACUUUGCCUGCCAAAUUAGGCACCGCCAAAGCGAAUCCAUGACGCCCGUGUCGUCCGUGAUGAGCCUAACCGACGCGUCAAGUUUGGCAGAUAGCACUGUGGUCCAGGGUGUAGGUCCAUUGGGCGGAGGAGGUAGCUGGCUGACACCUGCUGAGCGGUCCCGUCAACACCGCCAAGACCUUGUGCUCCGCAAUGCCAUUGAAUUGCCAUCGAUUGCUCCAAUCCCUCUGAGCGCCCAGCAGGAGCAGCGUCGGCAAGAACGGUUUGACAGAGCCGCGCCACCAUCGUAUCCAACCGCAUCUCAGCGACAGCGGGCGGAUCACCACGCCGAGAAUCCUGUCGUGUCGAUUGCGCCUGUUCUGCAUCAGUUCAUGUAUAACCGGAAUGCGACUGCAGGUGGCGCUACUCACGACUUGGCACGACUGAAUACCAGUGCGCAAUCCCCUGCAGCUGCAGCUCUCGAUCACGCUCACUCUGGUUGCGAUCACGCCUUCCCAAACGACGAUGAGGAUGAUUUUCACGUGCGUCCUGCAUCCGCGUCAUCUUUGCAGCCAGUAGAAGACCUUGGUGUUCCUGCUAGCUUUGUCACACGUCCAGUCCCCGAUGUGCUCGAGCCGGAUGCAAACCCUACCUCGCCGAAACAGCAGGAAAGUGACGAGGUGAUGUUUACAAUUUCGAGCAAGCUUCGGUCGCACAACAACCUUGAGCGGCCCGCUGAUGACCCGACUGCUCACGACGACGAGUUCAGCAGCGCGGAGGCGGAUGACGCGUUGCUCGCAGCUAUGGCUCUCCCAAACUCCAACCCAGUGCUAUCUGUGGCUUCUUCGGGACCUUCCUUCCGCUCACUCAUGGCCAGAUGGCAAAAUCCAGUCUUCCCUUCACGACAGGCUCGUCCGAUGGAUGCUCGCGCGGCAUCCAACGAGGCAUUGCGCACUCAGCGUAAAGACGCAUCCCGAAGCAUGCACUUCCGCAAAGAGCUCUUCGGCCAACUGUCUGUGCUAUCACAGGUUGAGCGACAGUUUGUUGUGGUGCUGGCUCCUGGUGACGACCAACCUUCCGCCUUGAGCGAUGAUGGCAAUGAUUUGAUUUUUUGUGUUGAUCAGCACGCAGCGCACGAACGCAUCCGGCUCGAGCGCUUUACUCGAGAAGUGUACCAGUCCAAUGACCAAGGCACUGGUAGUUCACAAGUUCUAAAAUCCGAGACCCUGAAAGAUCCGCUGAGGCUGGCAAUGACAGUGGCGGAGGCGCGUCUGCUCGAGCCAUUCCGCGACAACCUUGAAGCAUGCGGCAUUCGCUUUCGGAUUGGCUCCAACGUCAAUGCGCUGGAGGACAAUGCCGAGUGCGCCGUCAUGAUUGAUGCCGUGCCUCCCAUUAUGCUUGAAGCAUCUCGAGCAGAGUACAUCAGCGGACAACACGUGUCUCGUUUCCAGCUCGAAAAGCAAGCGCGAGCACUCGUGGGCGGUGCCGAUGAUGUGGCACAAACCGUGUCCAGCCUGACCCAAGCGGCCAUCUUGCACGGUCUUAUUUCAACACUUGUUCGGUCACGCAUCGAUCAGCAGUGCCACACUGGCGGUGGUGCCUACGAUUUGCCAUUGACCAUUUCCAGUGCGUUGGCAUCCAAGGCGUGUCAUGGCGCCAUCAAAUUUGGUGACACGCUGUCCAUCGACCAGUGCAAGUCCCUUGUGAACACGUUGUCAGACUGUACCCUGCCGUUUCAGUGCGCUCACGGGCGCCCCAGCAUUGCUCCGCUUGUCAGCGUGCGCGACACGACGCUCACGUUUCCAGAGCUGAUAUCGGCGCCUGACGAUGCCUAUGGCCGCUCGAGUUCGCGCCCGGUGAAUUUCCAAGCUCUUCGUCACCGAAUCGCUGGCGGCACCCACGACAGCUGGUGGGCUACCGAUGGCAACGCUCUUUGA